CUGAACUCUUAUCUCCACGCUUUUAUCACCUCUGCUCCGAUGUCCUCCAUCAGCUUGUUCUUGCUGUGCAUGACUCUUUCACAGAUAGCAGCAGCCGUUGAACCAGUUGAUCAAGGGGCUAACUGCUCACCCAAGACAUGCGGCAACCUGACAAUUGCAGACCCAUUCGGAUUCGUCCCGGAGCAGGCAACCGACACGAAAUGCGGCCGGAUGGGCUUCGAGGUCCAUUGCAACAACAGCAUCCCAUACCUCGGGUACUACCGGCGUAAGUACCGGUUCCGGAUCCUCGAUAUCUUCUAUGACAACAGCUCCUUGCUUGUCGCCGAUAUCCACAAGGUUGCAGAUUUCAGCACAUCCGACUCAAAAGGCUGUCAUGUUCUGACUGCUAAUACCUCCUCCAAAGUCGGCCUUCCAUUCUCGAUCAGCCCUGUCAAUCUGAACCUCAUCUUCUACAACUGCACCAAGAUACCAGAGGCGGAUAGGGGGCUUGUGGAGACGAAAUGCAGCAGCAGCUUGUUUGUUCGUGUUGCAGUUGGAGGGCAUUACAAUGACUCGAGCAACUAUACGCAGUACUCAGUGGAGGGCUGUAGCACUACUCUUGUGCCAGUGCUGGGGACAUUCGGCAAGGUGAACGCAAGCAACUAUGAGCAACUCAUCAGCAAUGGCUUCCUCUUGACGUGGCAGCUGCCGUCUGAUGGGAGGCGCAAAGUCAAACUAAUUUUAAUAGCUUCCCUGUCGGCUGCAGCUGGUGUGCUUUUCACAUGUCUUGUUUGGAUCAUAUACCGUCGGAAACAAAAGCUCAACCUGUUCAUUCUCCAAAAGCAUGUUCAGAGUAAAUCAAACACGGAAGAGAUACUAAGGAGAUAUCAAUCACUAACCCCGAAGAGGUACAGUUACUCAGAUCUGAAGAAAGCAACAAGAUGUUUCAAGGAAAAACUAGGAGAAGGUGGCUAUGGUACAGUAUUCAAGGGUACUCUACCAGACGGACGUAUGGUUGCUGUGAAACUCUUAAAAGGAUCCAAAGGCAAUGGAGAGGAAUUUCUAAAUGAAGUCACUAGUAUUGGUAGGACUUCCCAUGUUAAUAUUGCCAGUUUACUUGGUUUUUGUUUACAGGGAUCUAAGAGGGCCCUUGUUUAUGAGUACAUGGCCAAUGGCUCUUUAGAGAAGUACAUUUAUUCAGAGAGUUUAAGGUCAGCACUUGGAUGGGAACAAUUAAGGAAAAUAGCUAUUGGCAUCGCACGAGGUCUGGAGUAUUUGCACCGGGGCUGCAGCACCCGCAUCAUCCAUUUUGAUAUUAAGCCCCACAACAUCCUUCUUGAUGAAGACUUCUGUCCCAAAAUAGCUGAUUUCGGAUUGGCAAAACUGUGUCACCUCAAGGAUAGUGCUCUCUCGAUGGCUGAUGCAAGAGGCACCAUUGGUUUCAUUGCUCCUGAAGUGUUCUAUAGAGGGUUUGGAGUUGUGUCGACCAAGUCAGACGUUUACAGCUAUGGGAUGAUGAUACUACAAAUGGUGAGAGGAAGAACAAACGCUAAAGAAAAUACUGAGAAUUCUAGUGAAGUGUAUUUUACUAACUGGAUUUAUGACUGCUUAGUGAAAGAUGUGCAAAGCCAUGAAGUCACAUCCGACCUGGAAGAGACUGCAAAGCAUAUGGCUGUAGUUGGCUUAUGGUGCAUACAAAUGGCCCCAGGAAAUCGUCCUUCCAUGAGCAUAGUCUUAGAAAUGCUGGAGAAGAACAGCAACGAAUUGGAAAUGCCACCCAAGCCAUUCCUUUCCUGCCCCUCACCCCAAUCACAUUUCUCAUCUUAAGCAAGAUAUUUCCUAUUGGGAACCCUCGUUUUUGUGGUUCAUAGUGUCAAUCAAAAGCUUGAAAAUGUGUUCUUGUAGCGCCUUUGAAUUAUAGCUAUGUUCUUUCAAUAGAUGAAUACACACAUUGAGAAAGACAUUGAUCCAAUGUGUGGGUUUAAUCCUAGUUUUCCCAUGAUUCUAGCAAA